AUGAAGACCACAGACGCCGAAACUCUGCGACAAAUAGGCCUCAAAGAUGCGACCAAAAUCUUGGGUUUGGUCCUCCUCGCCUACUACGGGAUCAAGAUCCUCAGGUCGUUAUGGGUUGGCCUCACAGGGCCGCUCAGUAAGGUUCCGGGGCCAUUUCUGAACAGAUUCACGGGUUGGGCGUGGAUAAUCACCGUUCUCAGAGGCAAAUCAUCCGCAUACUGCAUCGAAUACCCAAAGAGAUACGGCGACGUGAUCAGAGUCGCCCCUGACCACGUCCUGGUCUCCAACAAGGAAGCAAUCCACCAGAUCAUCCUAGAAAAGGACCUUCGCAAGAGCGUCGUCUACGAAAAGUUCCGCCAGGACCGGGACGUGGCGACGAUCUUCACGAUACUCGACAAGUCCGAGUACCGCACACGCCGUCGCCUGCUGUCUCAGGGCUUCUCCGUCAGCUACAUCAAGGGCCUCGAACCCCUGAUGCUGAACUGCAUCAGAGACCUCGAGGAGGUGAUUGACGAGCGCAUCAAGACGGCCGGCAGGAAGCAGACUGAGAUCGACGUCUGGCAACUGCUGGGCAGCCUGACGUCGGAUAUCAUGAGCGAGACGUCGUUCGGGGGCUCCUUCAAGCUGGUGAAGAACGGAGACCACCCGAUCCGCAGGAGAAUCGCCGAUAACGUGAAGCGAAAUGCCCUUUACCAAACGAUGCCGUGGUUGAGGAAAAUCCCAUUCGCACCCGCUCAUCAUGAUCCCGAGCUGAAAAGACUCAUCAAUGAAAUCAUUGCCCGGCGCAGAGCCGUCGACGAGAAGAUGGCUAAGCCCGAUAUUCUCCAGCUCCUACUCGACACGCACGACCAGAACCCGGACGAGUUCUCGGACAGGUCACUGAUUGCGGAGAUGUUGCUCUUCAUGAUGGCGGGAAGCGAAACCACGGCGUCCACGCUGAUUUUCACCUUCACGUACCUCAUGGACGACCCUGCCACUUACGCAAGGCUUGUGGAAGAAGUCCGCGAGGUCUUUCCUUACGCCGAUUCGCUGGUGACGAACGAGCAGACAGUAAACAUGCCGUUUUUGAAUGCCGUUCUUAAGGAAACACUCCGAUUGAGGGCCCCUGCGGCAUCUGGUCUCUGGAGACAGACUGAUGAGGACAUCAUCCUGGCCGGCUUCGUUCUUCCCGCGGGCACUCGAAUCACGGCCAACACAACUCCACUGCACUUGAAUGAGAGCGAAUGGCCCGACGCAGAAGAGUUCGUCCCUGACAGAUGGUUGUCUGAAUAUAAGGGCGUAACGGCCGCGGAAAAGACGGCUUGGUAUCCCUUCUCGGCGGGAUCAAGAAACUGCCUGGGAAAACAAUUCGCGUGGAAUGAGUUGCGGCUCGUUCUGGCUUCGAUACUCCGGAGGUAUGACUUGUUUCCUAUCGAAGGCCAGUCGCUUGAGAUGAUCGACUUGCUAGUGCUGCACCUGAAGUCUCGCAAGUUCAUGGUGGGUGUUCGGCCGAGAGCCUAA